UGUGUAUAUGUUCUUUAUGUUCGAUUUUUUGUAUCAUAUGUUUGCAAUUGUUAAAUAAAGUGGGGUUGGAAGUAAACUUUCAUUAAACCAAACAGAAGAAGAAGAAAUGGUUUGUAGUCCGUUGUAGUCCUGUACAGGAUUCCGCGGUCCUGAGCCUUAACUUUUAUUUUUUUCUUUCGUUUUUUUCAGCAUCAAAGUAAAGGUUUUCAAUAUUAUAGAUAAUAUCACCAUUAUAAACAUUUCAAGACGUUAUUUUGUUAUUAACACACAAAUACAUGCUCUGACCGUAAAGUGAUUUAGAGAAAGUGUCGUGAAAUUUGCGCAUGCGCAGAGUCAUCGGGUAGCCGGCAACACCGCGGUCAGACUGUGGAUCUGUUUCGUGGAUGAGAAUCUCGUCUGCGUGAACGUUCAAGAUUCCAACUCAAACGAAAGGAAAGCGAAACGACUGUCAGCUGCUGCGUUUGACGCUGUGACGUAACAGUUACAGUCGUUCAUUGACACACGCCAGACUUUGAUCUCUGGAGGCCUACAUGCAAUACCAACUUUUGACGUUGAAACCAUGGAGUCUUCUUCAGCACCAGAAAGGAUGGUGCAGAGACUCCUGUCCAUGGCUGGUCUUCACAGUCUGGGCAGCAGCAUGUGGAGCUACAUGAGCCGGACCAUAGGGUGGUUUUGGAUCCCUGGCUGGCUGCCCUCAUGGUGCCCGACCUCCCACAAGCUGCUGCAGGCUGCAGAGGACAAGAUGCUGCGAUGUGUAAACACAACUCUGACAAAACGAUUCAUCUGCAUCUCCAAUGGCAACCAGCUGUGGACCCUGAGUCUAGUCAGUGAUGCUGUUAAGGAUAAAACACCCAUGGUUCUGCUACAUGGCUUUGGAGGUGGAGUGGGACUUUGGGCUCAGAACUUAGACGCUCUGUCAGCGUGUCGGCCAGUUUUUGCUUUGGACUUGCUGGGCUUUGGCCAGAGCAACAGACCUGAGUUCUCCACACAACCUGAAGCUGCAGAGGACCAGUUUGUGGAAUCAAUUGAGCAAUGGAGGGACAAAAUGGGUCUGGAGAGCAUGAUACUGCUUGGGCACAACCUGGGAGGAUACCUGGCCGUGUCGUAUUCUAUCAAGCAUCCGGGCAGGGUCAAACACAUUAUUCUGUUGGAGCCCUGGGGUUUCCCUGAGAGUCAGGCCUCUCCGAAGAUCGACCGGCCCAUCCCAGUAUGGAUAAAAGCCCUCAGCGCCAUGUUCCGUCCCUUUAACCCCCUGGCCGGCCUGCGACUGAUGGGACCACUUGGUCCCAUUUUGGUCCAGACCCUGAGGCCAGACUUCAAGAGGAAGUUUUCUUCAAUGUUCAAAGACAAUACGGUGCCAGAGUACAUUUACCACCUCAACGUGCAGUUCCCCAGUGGAGAAACAGCUUUUAAGAACAUGACUGAUCUGCAUGGCUGGGCUAAGAGGCCCAUGCUUCAAAGAAUGGACCAGCUGCAGCCACACAUCUCUAUCACAAUAAUCUAUGGCUCGCGCUCAAGCAUUGACAGCGUCUCAGCCACCAGCAUCCGAGAGAGGAGGCCUCACUCUAAUGUCCACAUGAUUAGUAUCCGUGGAGCUGGGCACUACGUUUUUGCUGAUCAGCCAGAGGACUUCAACAACACAGUUUUGCAAGUGUGUGAAAAAGUGGACUGAGAGCAGAAACCAACUGGAAUACAACUUCAUGGCUUUACUUCAUCAGCUGUUAGCCCUUUGACAUCUUUCACCGGUGACGCUUAAACACAAAAUUCUUUAACAUACUGUAACUUUUCAACCGUUAACACGAUAAUUCCAGCAGAUUCUGAAGGAGAAAAGUGGCGAGAGCUGCUGGAAUUAUUGUGUUAACAAUUAAGAAAUUGCAGUAAAUCAAAGAACAUAAACACUGGAGCUUCGGUGUUGAGCUUAAACACAUUUAUUUUGUGUUUUUUUUUAUUUAUCUCUUAAAACUAAACAAUUAUAUUACUAUUUUUCUACACUUUUAGAAGAAAAGGUUGUAAACUGUUUUUAUUUAUACCACGGUCCAGGUGAAUACUCGAUUCCGAUUGGCUGCAGGCUGUGGAUUAAAAAGUGAUGAUUAACAGUGAUAAUGCUCAACUAAGAAAGAAGUUCUGGUCACAUGGCCCAAAGGUUCUGUAUCAGUGGUCCCCAACCUUUCUCAGGCCACGGAUUGGUUUAAAUUAUUUACAUAGACCGGUCUGAACGGGGCCAGAGGUCGCAUUUUUAAGAUUCUGGUUACUGAAAAUCUAUUUUCAAAAUAAAAUUCUACUACAAGAAAUUUUGUUUAAAAGAGUCAAAAAUUUCAGUAGAUAAUUUUCUUCAGAUGAUUAAGAUUCAAUGAAACAAAAUGAAGUUGUUUGUAGAAAUUGUUUGUGAUUUGAAAAAACUCCUUAAAGGAACCAUCACGUUGUUCUGUUUUUGCUCAGUGGCUUCUGAGGCUUUCUGAUCGGAGACUGAUCCCGCUCCAAAUCUCCCCUCCUACCUGAGCUGAAUAAAUCCUUUAAUCAUC